AUGAUCGAUAAAGAUAAGAAGAUUUGUCAGGAAAGGAUAUUUUUAGAUAGUUUUGAUUAUUCGGAUUUAGAGAAAGCUGACCCAAUAUUGUCUGGCGGUUUUAGCGUAGUAUUUAGAAGAACUUGCCCAGUUGAAAUCAGAUUAAUAGAUUCAGAUGAUGCAGAAGAAAUUGGAACUACAGAAAACAUUAAUUUCAGAGUAAUGAUAAAGGGAGCAAGGUCACAUCCUGAUAUAAUCAGAUUCGAAAUAACAUGCGACAAUGACCUUUUUCUCUUUUAUACACGCGAUUUUUCGCCUUCUGAUUUCAAUGAAUUGAAAAUUGUGCAAAAUCUAGUAUGCGACUACAACGAUUUUACAGAAACAUUUUGCAGAAUAGUAAAUAAUGUCAUUAAGGAUCAAUUGGGGUGUUUCGUUAAAUUUUGUCUAAGAGUUGAUGGAAGUGGAAAAUUAACUUUUCUUCAAAUCAUGGAAUAUAAAUUUUUAGAAUUACUUUCUAUUGAUUUUCAGCAAGCUUCAGAAGAAGUUAUAAGGAACUCGAUUUCAUUUAGAUAUUCCUUUAUGAAAAGUAAAGUUGCGUUAAUGGAAGGGAGAUUCUUGGAAAUUUCAAAUUUAUUGAGUAUCAGAAAUCCAGGUCUAUUACAUUAUUUACAAAAGAAUUCAAAUUGUAUUAGAAACAAGUACUGA